UUGUAAUAUUGUAAUGCUAUAAUAUUUCAUGGCACACUUUUAAACGGCUUUUAGAUGUCGUUACAGGAUAACUUUUAAUAGGCAAUACUUAUGACAUUACGUAUGUCACGCAAUGGGCGGUCGAUAUUUUUGAUAUUAUCGGCCUAGCGUGAUUCAGUAUGUUUAUUGCCCAACUGUGCAUCAUAUCAGUGGUUACGGAGACGGUUGAAAAAUGUGUAAAAUAAAAAUAUGAGGGUUCACCCUGAAGGAUCGAAGCGGAAGAAUGGAUUUGUGGACGAUGAUGGCAAGUCCUCGGACGGUGGACCUUUGUCAUUGCUGGCCACCAGCCUUCGCCAUCAAACGACUGAGUUCUUUAACAACUCCACGCUGCACGGUGUGCGUUACAUUGCUGAAAAGGAACGACCGUUCUGUGAAAAGUUUAUGUGGUUUAGCUUUACGGCUGUAGGUGCUGUGACCACUUGCAUCAUCAUUGUUAGUUUGUGGGAAAAAUUUCAGACCAAUCCAACAAUUACAGGUUUGGAUACGGAUUUCCACAAUUGGGACGUGCCGUUUCCAGCUGUCACAUUGUGCGAUGUAAAUCCCGUUGAUGAUGAACUUCUCCAAGAAUACAUAGAAUCUAUCAUGACACUCAUUCGAGCGUUGCGAACACCAUCAUGCUUGAACGGUGGCUGGAUCGUACGUCGCUGCGAUUCGCUAUUCUACGACUGCGAGUGGAAAGGUGAUUCGGAGGAAUGCUGUGAUCUGCUUGUGCCGGUGUUUACCGAGAUGGGAUUUUGCUAUGCUUUCAACUCUAGGCACGCUGAAAAAACAUGGCCCUGGCAAACUCAACCGCAACCGGAUCAAUUCGCAGAAGCGUUUAUACACGAGACAGAUGCAAAAUGGUCGUUUCUAUUUAAUUCUUAUCGUAACGACACCACCAUUGAAGUCUACAUACAUUCGACGGAAGAAGCGGCUGGCUUAGAGCAGAGCGCUCAACAUUCGUGGGACCGACGAGUGGAAAAAGUGUCAUUUUCCGUGAAACACACGUACACUACAGAAGACGCCCGGCAGUUGUCUAUACGCCAGCGCCGCUGUAUCUUCGCAGAUGAGCAGAAACUAGAAACCUCCAACAUUUAUACGUAUUCCACUUGUAUGAGGCAGUGCCGUAUGCAGAGGAGUCGAGCUUUUUGCAAAUGUGUGCCGCACUUUUAUCCGACCACAAAGGGCUACAGAUUUUGUACAGUUCCCGAACUAAAGUGCAUAGCGGAUAACGUAGACGCGAUCACGGACGUGACGCGUUGCUCGUGUGAACUGGGCUGCAAACACACAGUUUAUGAAGUCGAGAAGCUCACUGAAAUUGAUUCUAUGAAAGCAUCAGGCUCGACAAGUUCACUGGAAACGGAGUUCGUGUCGUGGCCAAUGGUGCGGUACAAACGCGAGGUGCUCUUCGGUUGGGUUGACUUGUUGGUAUCAUUCGGCGGCAUAGCAGGCCUGUUCCUCGGGUUCUCGCUGCUGUCGGGCGUGGAGCUGGUGUACUACUUCACGCUGCGCGCGUGGUGCGCGGCGGUGCGCGACGCCGGCACGCUGCGGCGGGAGCGGGCCGAGCGGCUGGCGCAGCCGAAGCCGCCGUACGACCUAAGCCUCGUUCCUUGGUGGAAACAGCCACCGGCUGCCCGCAGCGCGCGGCCCCUGCUGGUCCGCCCGAAGGACACCCAGCCGCCACAAUACUCGCCACCACCAGGAUACCCCACUUAUUUGCCUUAAAUGGAAUUGUUUUCUCUUCGUAGUGAACUUUUGUAAGCUAACUCUUUUCUUUCAUGAGUUUGAUGCGGUGUUUUUGAAUCCUAUUAUGUGUAGCCAUGAAACAGGAAUGCUAUGUACUAUUAGUUUAGAAAUUUUACAUCACUAUUAUUAAACUUUCUUACACGCAA